UAGCAUUGUGGAAAUGUAGCUAUGUAUGUCAUUAUGACAAACACAUUAUUUUGAGAAGCUUAAUUUGUUUCCAGAAUUUAUUAAAUGGAUACAGAUGUCACACAAUUAAGGUGGAUUGUAUGUCAUACAAUGAAAUGUGCUGGUGAAAUGAUCCAUUCCACCUUAAAAUGUGGUUUGGGUGGGAGGUGGUGUUGGCAGCAGUAGCCGUUUCAUGCUGCACCAUGUCCUAUCACGCUGUCAUAACAAGCUGAAACGCGCCCGAGAUUGUGCGCUCUACCCAUGUACAGUGUAGACUAUCUAAAAAGCCCAAUGCGAUAUUCCUGUGCGUGUUAUAACUUUUGAGAGAGGAGACCUAAGAUCUGAGACCCUAAGAUGAGCAGACCCCAGGAUGAGGAGGAGGAGGAGGUGUUCAGGAACCUUACAGAGGUAAAGAAGAGCCAGAUAGUGAUGCCCUGCCAUGCCAACCACCGGCAGGAGCUCAGUGUGGGUCAGCUGCUCAAAUGGAUGGACUCUACAGCCUGUCUUUCAGCUGAAAGGCAUGCUGGGUGUCCUUGUGUCACAGCCUCGGUCGAUGACAUCCACUUUGAACACACUAUUGGGGUUGGACAGGUGGUCAACAUCAAGGCCAAAGUCAACCGAGCUUUCAACACUAGCAUGGAGGUUGGCAUCGUGGUGAACUGUGAGGACCUGUUCAGCGAUAGCCACUGGAGGGUGUGUCAGGCAUUUGCCACAUUUGUCACCCAGCGCACUACGGGAGGAAAGGUGCAGCUGCGUCCAUUGGUCCCACGUACCCAGACGGAGCAGGUGGAGCACAGCCUAGCAGCUGAGAGGAGGAGGAUGAGGCUGGUCCACGCUGACAUCAUGAAGGACCUGCUCACCAACAGGGCCUUUCAACAAGUGGAGGUCCAGGAGACUGAGAAGGCGGUGCCAGCAGAGAGGACGCAGGUAGAGAGUGUAGAGUUGGUUCUCCCUCCUCAUGCCAACCACCAGGUCAACACGUUCGGAGGACAGAUCAUGGCCUGGAUGGAGAACGUGGCUACUAUCGCUGCUAGUCGUCUGUGUAACGCCCACCCCACCCUGCGGAGCAUUGACAUGUUCCAUUUCAGGGGUCCCUCACACGUGGGCGACCGGCUGGUCCUCAAAGCCAUCGUAAACAAUGCAUUCAAGAACAGCAUGGAGGUGGGUGUGUGUGCAGAGGCCUAUCAGGGGGAGGAGCCUCUGAGGCACAUCAACAGCGCCUUCAUGACCUUUGAGGUCUGCGACAGGGAUGGCAAGCCCUGCACGUUGCCAAAAAUACAACCUGAACCCCUGGAGGGAAGGAGACGGUAUCAGGAGGCCAUCGCUAGAAAGAAAAUACGACUGGACAGGAAGUACAUAAUAUCCUGCAAGCAGACUGAGGUGCCCUUAUCUGUACCGUGGGACCUCAGCAACCAGGUGUACCUGAGCUACAACAACGUGUCUGCUUUGAAGAUGCUGGCUGCCAGAAACAACUGGGUGUUAAACUCUGAGAAAAACAAGGUGAGCCUGUACACCCUGGAGCAGAAACAGGUGUUGAGUUUUAAGAUUGAGUUUGAGGCAGACGUCCCGGCUGAGAGGGCCUUCAUGAUGCUCUCUGACCUCAGCAAGAGAGUGGAGUGGGAUCCAAACUACGAGAGGUGUGAGCUGAUUCGUAGGGUGGACGACGAUGACUUUCUGUACCGCGUGGUGACUCCCUCCAUAUGCCAGGGUGGGGUCAGUAGCAGCUCUUCAGCCAAUCAGGGAGGGAUGGUCCAGGACUUCAUUCUCCUGGCCUCCAGGAGACCGCCGUGUGACAGCGGGGACCCUUAUGUUAUUGCUCUACGUUCGGUCACUCUACCCACACACCCUCCUACAGAGGGCUACAACAGAGGGGAGGUGCUGUGUGCCGGCUUCAGCAUCAUGGAGGUCUCCAACACUGUAUCCAAGAUCUCCUACUUCAACCAGGCGUCUCCCGAGGUCUUGCCCUACAUCUCCACAGACAUCGCCGGGCUCUCCUCCAGCUUCUACGGCACCUUCUGCACCUGUAGUACCUUCCUCCAGGACAACAGGGACAACCCUACCCCCAAAGACCAACCACCCUCCACACUGAGUAGUACACUACUGUAACCCCUUAUCCUCACCACACCUGACCACCUCACCCUCGAUGAGUAUUGUGCUGAUGGAUUUAACAGACUGCCAUUAGAUGCUGUGAUGAAGUUCAAGUCUUCUUUUAUUAGAGUGAAUAAUGUAAGGAGCCUGUUCAUAAAUCUGUUUGUGCUGUCUUGCCAACUCCUAUGGCCAUUGACAAUGACCUUAAAAUAUAUCUGGGACCAGGCUAAUGAAAGAGGAGCAUCUACAGCAAACAUUUUUGGGGGCACUGAUGGUUUUUAACAAUGUUUUGCAUCUCCAAUUAUAACAUGUGAAAAUGAUAUGAGACAGAAAUGUAAAUUGUAUUUUAAGUUUUCCAGAGAAUGAAUACUAACGAGAUGUUUUUUUUACUGCGUAGAGCUCUGUAUUGUUUUAUAAAGGGUCAGAAUACAGAAAGUAACACUGCAUUUGAUGUCAGAUAUGUUUCAUGAUGUUUUUUAUGACGAGGCAUUCAAAUGUUUCAGCCAAGUUACACAUAAGAUAAGAAUAUCAUAUCUUAAACUACAGGCAUUAAAGUUUUAUAU